GCAAGUGCUCUUAAGUGAUAAGCCAUCUAUGCAGCCUCACUUUGGUCCCUUUUACAUACUUUCCAAGGUUUUAUUCCCUGUAUUGUUGCACUGAUAAAACAUUUUGGACUCCUUGAUAGCAAGUAGCAUUCUAGAGCUCUUUUCACUCUUAGUUUUCUUUAAGGUAGGAUUUUUGCAUGUAUCUUAGGCUGCCCUUGAACAUGGCACUUCUGCCCUCUGCCUUUGAUCUUCUGGGCAGAUAGCCAUGUUUUAUGCCAAUAGAUGAAGCUCACUCUUUCAAACUUUUCCAGGAGGCAAGCGUGAAAAGGAGCUUAUCUUUCUAUAUACAUUGAGAAAGAAGAUGGGCAAUGCAGAUUCAGAGUCAGUAAAUAAAGAUUUUUUUCCUAACAUUUCUUUUUAGGACAGGAUCCAACUUGGGGAAUCUUUAUGUGAAGUGAUACUCUAGUCUAUGGAUGAAAAGCUAUUGUAUCCUAGAGUUGAGUUGAAGAUAUAUGUGCAAAGGUUUCCUGUAUCUUGCACCUUAUAGCCAUCAUGGCGACUUCAUCAGAAGAAGUGUUGCUGAUUGUGAAGAAGGUUCGUCAGAAAAAGCAGGAUGGAGCACUGUACCUCAUGGCAGAGAGAAUUGCUUGGGCACCUGAAGGCAAAGACAGAUUUACAAUCAGCCAUAUGUAUGCAGAUAUUAAAUGCCAGAAAAUCAGUCCAGAGGGAAAAGCUAAAAUACAACUUCAGCUGGUUCUGCAUGCAGGGGACACAACAAACUUCCAUUUUUCCAACGAAAGCACGGCAGUGAAAGAGCGGGAUGCAGUGAAGGACCUCCUUCAGCAGCUGCUGCCCAAGUUCAAGCGGAAAGCUAAUAAAGAACUGGAGGAGAAGAACAGAAUGCUCCAAGAAGAUCCCGUUUUAUUCCAACUCUAUAAAGACCUUGUUGUGAGCCAAGUGAUCAGUGCUGAGGAAUUCUGGGCCAAUCGUCUAAAUGUGAAUGCAACAGAUAGCUCUACAUCCAGUCAUAAGCAGGAUGUUGGUAUUUCUGCAGCAUUUCUGGCUGAUGUCCGGCCCCAAACGGAUGGCUGUAAUGGUCUGAGAUAUAAUUUAACUUCUGAUAUCAUUGAAUCUAUAUUUAGGACCUAUCCAGCAGUAAAAAUGAAAUAUGCAGAGACUGUACCACACAACAUGACAGAAAAGGAGUUCUGGACACGCUUUUUCCAGUCCCAUUAUUUUCACAGGGACCGACUAAAUACAGGAUCGAAGGACCUCUUUGCAGAAUGUGCCAAAAUAGAUGAGAAGGGAUUAAAAACAAUGGUUUCAUUAGGAGUGAAAAACCCAAUGCUAGAUUUGACAUCGUUGGAAGAUAAGCCAUUAGACGAGGGCUAUGGCAUUUCCUCUGUGCCAUCUACUUCCAAUUCCAAAUCCAUAAAGGAGAAUAGUAACGCUGCCAUCAUCAAAAGGUUUAACCACCACAGUGCCAUGGUCCUGGCUGCUGGUCUCAGGAAACAACAAGCACAAAAUGGACAGAAUGGUGAGCCCAGCAGCGUGGAUGGAAAUUCUGGAGAUACAGACUGCUUUCAGCCAGCAGUCAAAAGGGCAAAGUUACAGGAGUCCAUUGAAUAUGAAGACUUGGGAAACAACAAUUCUGUGAAAACGAUUGCACUGAAUCUCAAGAAGUCAGACAGGUAUUACCAUGGUCCUACUCCAAUUCAGUCACUGCAGUAUGCAACAAGUCAGGACAUUAUUAACUCUCUUCAAAGUAUUAGACAAGAAAUGGAAGCCUAUACACCCAGGUUAACUCAGGUUCUCUCAAGCAGUGCUGCUAGUAGCACCAUCACAGCCCUGUCACCUGGAGGAGCUCUUAUGCAGGGAGGGACACAGCAAGCCGUAAACCAGAUGGUGCCCAGCGACAUUCAGUCUGAAUUGAAACACUUGUAUGUGGCUGUGGGGGAGCUUCUGCGGCACUUUUGGUCCUGCUUUCCUGUUAAUACACCAUUCCUAGAAGAAAAGGUAGUGAAAAUGAAGAGUAAUUUGGAACGGUUCCAAGUUACAAAGCUCUGCCCAUUCCAAGAAAAGAUUCGGAGGCAGUAUUUAAGCACAAAUCUGGUAAGUCACAUAGAAGAGAUGCUGCAGACAGCCUACAACAAGCUCCACGCGUGGCAAUCCCGGCGCCUAAUGAAGAAGACGUGAAGCGUUUAUGGUGCUCACAGGUUUUGUGGGUUGAAAAAAACUGACCUGCAGUGACUCUGGAAACCUGGCUGAAGACAAGCAGAUGCUCACACCGGGGAAACAUCUGCAGCACGCCCGCCCGCCGACUCCCAGAGCUGAUGCUGUUGUACUUGCACAUGAGAACUGAAACAAAGAAGGAAGGGACAGGAUUCACCUAACUCUGGGGAGGGAAACCAAGGCAGAACCAAAAUGAGCUAAGUUGCAAAUAUAUAUGUAUGUGUACAUGUAUAUGUAUUUAAAGACUGUUUACUGCAGUUACUCAGGAACUGCUUUUCAUUCACGUUAAGCUGCUUUCAAAAUUUAAGAAAAAAAAAAAACUAAAA